UCCCCGAACACAAUGCGCCCGAUUUCGCGAGCCGCAUUGCGGCCAUACGUCUGCCCUUCAUGCCGACAUGGCAUUGGCGCUGGCCAGCGACAAUUUGGUACCAAGACUGACCAGGCCACCGACAUCUACGAUGUGGUCUGCGUCGGAGGUGGUCCGGCGGGCCUAGGGCUUUUGGCUGCUCUUCGAGCUUCCCCCGUCACAUCGAAGCUGAAGGUCGCCCUGAUCGAAAGCCAAGACCUCAAUAAGGCGCGGUCCUGGAAUAUGGACUCGACACAGUUCUCUAACCGAGUCAGCAGCUUGACGCCAUCCUCCAAGGCUUUCUUGCAGAAAAUUGGUGCUUGGGAGCACCUGGAUACGCAGCGUGUGCAAGACUAUCAGGAGAUGCAGGUAUGGGAUGGCGAGAGCGGAUCCCGAAUAUCAUUUGACUGGUCGAUGGAGACGCCUGCAUUCGAAGAUCCGCGCACCGUGGCGACGAUGACGGAGAAUGCGAACCUGGUGCGCGGACUGUUGCGCAGAAUUGCUGCCUCCGGAGACGAGAAUCUGAAGCUCUUUUCGAACACUACCGUUGCGGGUAUUGAGAAUGGAACCGAUCUACAACCCCAGGGACCGGAUCUGUCAGCUUGGCCUGUUCUCUCUAUCAAGCCAACGGGAGCUGCCGCAGAGACCCAACCGUCCUCUCGAAUCGCGGCGAGACUUCUAGUCGGCGCGGACGGAAUCAACAGCCCUGUCCGCUCGUUCGCCGAUAUCCCAACCCACGGCUGGGACUAUAACCGACACGGCAUCGUGGCUACACUCUCCCUCGCCGACCCCGACACUCCUCCAUUCCCGGCCAACAUGCGCACAGCCUACCAGCGCUUCCUCCCAGCACUCGGUGGCCCGAUUGCUCUCCUCCCUCUCCCCAACAACAACGCCACCCUUGUCUGGUCCACGACCCCCGAGAACGCCGCAUACCUCAAAUCCCUCCCCGCACCGGCCUUCCUGGCCAUGGUCAACGCAGCCUUCCGCCUGUCCAUGACAGAUCUCAAGUACAUGAUGGGCAUGGCACAGCCAGCGUCAGAAUCUACCUCUCACGAGGACGAGCUCUCCUGGCGCAUUCAGCACACCCCUCUCCCCGCACACAUCCCACCCUUCGCGACGGGCGUGCAAACGGGCACCGUAGCAUCUUUCCCGCUCCGUUUCCGCCACGCAGCGCAGUAUAUCUCUCCGCGUGUCGCCCUCGUCGGUGACGCCGCGCACGUCAUUCACCCUCUGGCCGGCCAGGGCUUGAACCUCGGUCUCGCAGACGUGGCCGCGCUCUCGCGAACGAUUGAGUACGCGGUCUCGCACGGUAUGGAUAUCGGUGAUCUUUUGACCCUGGAACGGUACUCGUCGGAGCGGUACCUGACUAAUGCCAAGAUUGGGGGUGCUUGCGAUCUGUUGCAUAAGAUGUAUAACAUCCCUGGUCAGGGUCCCGUUACCUGGGCUCGUAGCUUGGGUCUGGAUGUGAUUGACAAGCUGCCGUUUGUGAAGUCGUUCCUGAUGAAGAAUGCUGAGGGGUACUAGGCGUGCUAGAGGACGAUGUCGGUCCUUUCUGUAUGUUUAUAUGUAUAUCUAGUUUCCUUUCUACAAUACCGAAAUAUUUUUCUCCUUCCACUUCUGUCUUCAAUGUACUGAGUUCGAGGUACUUGAUAUUCGGUCGCUUUCAAGCGUCUUCCAAAUUGGCAAGCAGACACCAUGAGAGUGUAUAAACAGUUGAUGCUAAAAAUUGCAAGCAUAUAUUGUAUUGGGUAUCGGUCAUGCCCAAGGUAUGUUAUGGUGAUGCAAACACCCCCAAGUCUUUUCAAGGUACAGGAAAUGCCAAUGGCUUGGGCACAUGCAAAGACAGGUAAGGUGGAAUCUAUAUUUUAGAGGAGAAAAGGGUGGGAGGAGAGGGAUGCUAAGCUUCCGGAGAAGGGAGGGGGUAACAUAGAAACAACAAAAAAGAGAUAAGAAGAAAUUAAACGCCCCGGUCAUUCACUUUUUGUGUAAAUGGAAUGCAGAUAAAUCAGACUUGCACACCCUGCAGCUGUUGAGCCAAGCUAAUGACAGAUCCGCCAUGUUUCUUUGCAAGGCGAGACUGCAGCUCGGGGAUAAGAGAGGCCAGUUCGACAUCGACACCCUCCUUCUCGGGGUGGUCCUUGUCCAGACCCAUCUCCUUGAUCUUGA